CCCGCUGGCGACACCCAGCGCCGGGCGCGGGGAGGGGGCGGCGGCGCAGGGCCCGGGCGUUGCGGCGGGGCCGCGGCGAGGGUAUAUGGCGGUGACACUGUCCGCCCUGGCUGCCAGGCUCUCCCAGUCGGCCGCGGCCAGGUCGUACGGCGUGUUCUGCAAGGGGCUGACCAGAACCCUCCUCAUCUUCUUCGACCUGGCCUGGAAGCUCCGCAUCAACUUCCCGUACCUUUACAUCGUCGCCUCCAUGAUGCUCAACGUGCGGCUGCAGGUCCAUAUUGAGAUCCACUGAUUUGUCACUUGUGCUGAUUGUACUAUUUGGAGUUCAAGCUGGUUCUGCUGUGAAAUAGCAAAGCUAUGCUCAUCUUCUAUAGGAAUAUGAAGAAAGAAUAUUUAAACCUGGAAAGAGUAUGUGAUGGUGGCCAAGAUCGUCACAAGGCAGCAGCGCACUUGGCACACAUACAUUCCGUAUUGAACAACUCUCAAAAUCACAGUGGCAGUUUACAAAAAGAAUUAUUUUAUUUUAACAUCAGGAAUUGUUCUCUCUUUAAUAAUAUACCUCCGCCUUACCUUGGCUCAGAAAUGCCUUUGAAUUUGAGUGAAUCAGCAGGGAGAAACUCAAAUGUAGCGGCUUUAUGGAAAGAUUCAUUGUGUCUUUGUUUUUACUCUGGGAAGGACAGGCUUGAUGGGGUUUCUCACUGCAUUAAUAGCAUUUCAGUAGUGGGCUGGCUGGAGAAAGCUUGUAGUUUUGCUGGAGACUUUAGCUCAUGCUGCCCAGGAGACAACACUGCAUAUUUUGCACACGUGUGGCUGGGAAAGUUGCAGUGUAAUCAAGAACUGCAGUUUCUGGAAUUAGAAGCGAGCAGCAUCAUAGGGAAUGAAUUACAGCUUGCACUUCCUGGAGAGCUGGAGUUGGGUGGACUUCCUGAUCUCUCUUCUGCUCCAGUUGCCUCACUGAAUGGUUUUACAAUGGGACUCUUAAACAACUGUAUUUUUCCUUAUUACUUAAACCCUGUUACUUCAGAGCAAACACUUGGAUAUAAGAAGAUGCUUUCAGAUGUACUAUAUGUGACUAACAGUUUUUACAUCGUGCAGCUAGUAAUGCCUGUGCUAGCUUUUGCACUAGCAGGUCUCUGGUGGGAAGUAGCGAAGAUAAAAGUGUACUAAAAUCUUAAUAAUGACGAUUUUAAAUGUUAAUAGGAACUUAAUUGAGAGACAGAGACAAGGCUACUGUUCAGGUUGUAGUGAUAAGUAGAUAGCUAAGGUAAAAAUUGCAUUUGUGUAAUUGCUAGUAAAACUGUCUGUUGGGAAUAAUAGGGACUUUUUUUUUAGUACAGAAUAUCUGCCUUUGAGUGGAAAGAACUUCUUAAUCUCAAAACUUUUGGGGACACCUCAGGUGUCCCAUUAACAUGAGUGUAGAACUCAAUGUGACUGUUUAACGCAAAUCUUUUGUUUUCUUCAGAUUUUGUAUUUGCUGAGUACUCUGGCUACUGUUUACAACCAUUUCCAAUGAAGCUACUGCUUACAGAACUGAAUUCCCAGCAUGAAACCACCUCUAAAGUAUCAGUCCUUAAAACACUUUGAAUAGGAAAGCCACUGGGGUGAUGGUUUUCAGUACAGCACAGCUCUCUCCAAUGGUCCUUUUCAAGGGUGUUACUGCUCCAACUUGUACAGGAAUUUGUUAGCUCCGUUGGGCUACAAUAGGCACUAUAAAUAAUUUCUAACAAAAAUUCCUUGAGACAGCAAUUGUUAUCAGUGAAGCAUAAGUAAUCAUUUCUGUUGACUUUGGCAUAGACUUCUGAUUACAGGAUUUAGCAAAGAAUGGAGAAAGCAUGUUGAAAUCAAUACAGCUGCUUCUGAGUAAGAAAUUGGAGAACAUGUUCCCAUGCACACAUCAGUGGAGAAACUCAUUGUGCAGAAGGUCAGAGUUUGAACUCUGUGUCCAAAUUUUCAAUGGAGUUUUGUUACAGGUAGGCUCAGGGUGCUCUGUGGACUUGCCUGAAGAGGGAGGUACUGAUGUGGUGGGUUAGCCUGUGUCUUCAGCUAACUCUUCACUCUGAGUCACAAGUAGGGAUUGAAUGGGGACGAAACUCAUGCCAGUGACUGACAGGCUAAGUGUCACUUUUGCUAUCUAACUUCUCUUCAAAGCAGAUGUGGUAUUUAGUUUGAACUGCAUUCAUCUGAAAAGCUAGGGGUGUUUCUAAGUAUUAUUUUUAAGCACACCAGCAUAGAAAAGUCCUUGACUAUGAAGGUGAGAUGCUGGUUAGCAGUGUGAUAGGGAGAUGUGCUGGACUAACUACUGGAGUGCUAAAAGUUAGGUACACUAAUUCCUGUGGUGUGCUGUGUUUUUAUUAUCCCAGCUGGCAGAUUAUUUCUUCUGGAUGUUAGAAGAAAUAAAAACCCAUUUGCUUUAAUUUAGAAAGUAACCUUUUCCCUCGUGUCUACUUUUAAUUGUUAAACUUUAGACUUUUGGCCAUGACUCCCAGACUCAAAAUUAUCAGAAGCUGUAAAGUAGCAAUGGAUUGUGUUCUGUAAGUAAAUACCUUGACAGCAGUAGUUUCCUUCUAGUCAAACAGCUCAUCCUAUUCACUCCCAUCUCUUCUACUGCAGUUUUUCAUCCUUGCAGUGGUAGUAUUGCAAGUGUUUAUGAAUCAAGAUUGCUUAAGUAAAUGUAGAUCUAAAACCCCAAAACAUAAGGCACAAAGACACUUUUCCCCAAAAGCCUGUAGCUUAUUUGAAUGAUGAUGUUAACAGUUAUCUAUAUACAAAUAAAUCCUAAAAACAGCAGGCAGAGCUGUAGGUAAAGGGAUGAAGAUGGGGAGUGGAGCCUCUUAAAGCUGGUUUGGCUGCUUAAAGAAAUAGAAAUUGUGUAACUGCAAUUUGAUUUCUCUAAGUAGCUGUACUGGUACAGAAAUACUCUCUUGCUGCGUCGUGGGUUUCUUGUUUGUUUUUGUAAAGCUGUCCCCAAACACAGUCCAUAACUGAUUGCUUGAACUUCCCAUGUAGAGAAUCUGCAGCCUGGAAGAUUCCCUUCCCUGCUGUACAUCAUUUGGGAGCUACGUAUUUUUGGGAACCAGAGUUAUGUAAAACAGAAGUUUCUUAGUACUGUAAUGUUAAUAGGCAAGAGGAACAGCUAAAGGCAUAACAUUACUAGUCCAGUUUUUAAAUUGUCUACUAUUAAUGAUCAUAUUAUUAUUAAAAAAAAAAAGGAAUAAUGAGGGAAGCCACUGGUAAAGUGAAAUGUGUGCGCAGCACAGCGCCAUGGGCUGUCUCAUUACUGAUAGCCUAUGCAGGAGGGAAUCCUGAACCGUACUAUGUAUCACAGUCCAGGCAAUAUAGUCCUGUUUUAAGCAAAACUUGUACUGAGUGGCCUUUAAGUCCUUGUUACCAGAUCACUUUAAAUACAGAUUCAAUGCAGUUAAGUGAUACGAUGGGGUUUUGUGUAUUAUAUGUAUACUGAACAUAAAAUUUACAGAACGUCUUGUGGAUUUCAUUCAUUUUUAGAUAGGUUAUAGUACUUUGUCCUGGAUUUUAUUGCUUAAGGCCUAAAAGGUAACUUUUUAACUCGAAACAUUCCUUUUGAAAUUCAAAUAAAUGAUACUUGUUAAGCUAAGAUCUCACAUAAUAUACUGCACUUUAAGCUUGGGAAGGCCAUAAAUGGAAAACACUGUUCUUGCACUAAUAGAACUGUUUCACUGAUGGAGUCAAUGCUCAAAUGGAUUUUUUUUUUCCUUCUCUAGGGAAGAACAGUUAGCCAAAAUGAUACCUGUCCUUUGCAACUAUAUAUCAAUAAAACACAACGUGUGGUUUAGGCCACCGUUCUCCCCAAAAUGUUUUGACGUUAACUCAUCUCAGAAGGCGGAAAAUGUCUCAGAACCAGGUUUGCAUGGAGUUUUGUGGCCUCGAAAAGUCACGUGUGAAACUGCUUUUCUGAGUGCAUGUGGUGCUAGGGUUGUUUUGGGAUGAUUAUAGUACAGAAAAAUAAGUUUUAAAAGGGGCAGGGGAUCACUAACUGAACCAGGAGUUGCCUUUUUACUUCCAGUUCUCACGCCUUGCUGUUCUGUUGCUGCAGAAAAGAGCAUUUCUGCUGAGCAACUCUUGUUUUUUAGAAGUUCACUGGUCAGUGUCCAGAUCCCUCCUGCACCACACAGCAAAGAGUUCUUUCUACCGCUAGAAGACAAAUUAAGAAAAUGUGAAGUAUUUAGCUAAUUGCCUAAUACUUUUCCACAAACGUAUGCUUAAUGGCAGUUGACUGUAUGGUAUACUGCUUAAAAACAGAAAAUACACUUUUAAAUGUGUGCACAGAACUCUGCAUGUGGGUAAAAAGCCGUAUUAUCGCAGUAUGAUGUUGGAAUGCUGAUGUAAACUCUUAUUUUCUUUCUGGCAUUACAAUGCAAAAUGAAGCAGAGGUGUGUUGUAAUUCUCAGUGUGGUAACAGCCAGUGCAAUCUUAGGAGUCGUUUGUGUGCAUCAUCUUGCACCAUGAGACAGUUUUAACUGUAGAUAGUUUUCAGCCUUUUGCUUUUUCAGUGUUAUUGUUUGGUGGUUUGUUUUUUUUAAGACUGUAAAGACUGCACUUUCUUCAACUUUGCCAAAGUUUGCCUUUUUUCUCCUCCCUUGCCCCUCCUUAUGUGUGUAUGUGUAUAUAUACGCUAAAAGUAUACGUUCUUUUAAUUUCUGGAAGAAGUCUGUCCCUACUUGCCCAACAUGUCAGCUUAUUGCCAGGCUUUUUGUUUGUGUUUUUUUAAUUAUGGCCUGGGCCUACCUGUAACUGCCUUCUCCUCCCUUCCCAUAAACUCCAACAUAAGCAUAUGCUGAAAUUCUGUUCCUUUUCAGAAACACUCCCCUGCAAUUAAUUAUGAAUAACAAAUUGACAGAAACCAUGCAGAGAUUUAAGUAUCCACAGGGUGACUGGGCUGUAUGACAAGCAGUGUAUCUGGCAGAGCAGUAGGGAGUCAGCAUGACACUUUCCUGCUUUUUCCCUCUGCAGCUGCAGUUUGGGGCUCAUGAAAUACAUUGUGGCUGACGUUUAAAAAAGCAAUGAUUCCGGCUUCAAGGCUGAUUUUUUUUUUUUUUUAAGUCAGAUACAACUUUCUGAAAAAGGCUUGCAUGAGGUUUUAAGGUUUUAAGAGUAUAUUCAAGAGUGUGUAUUACAAAAUGAUGCUUCUUUCUGUGAUGCACAGCCUAACUAGGAAGAAAAGGGACUCUUUAGGAUUGUUUUAAAUACUUGUGAUUAAUCCCCUCUUCGUAUCUCAGACUACAAAGCCUCUGAUCUUCAGUGAUGAGCUGCACUUGGCUGAAUUUUCAGAUAAACAACUUGUUUAUGAAAAUAUUAAUACUGAUGAUCAACUCAUAUACUGAAUACAAGGGCACAGGUAAACUAUCUGCUGGCAGUUCUUGAGAGAAUAAAUGAUAUGGCAGUGUUAGAAUGAUGCUAUCCUCCUUUACUACCCUGCAUUAAGUUAACCCUUGUAAAGUGAAAUUUAUUCUGUACUGCAUUGCAAAAUCUCAGUGGUCUUGGUGUCUUUGGAUUGGUCACACAAGAGUCAGAUCAAGUAAGCAGAACGUGAAGCCCAAAAAUGGUUAAAAAUCAGAUCAGUCUACAAGUAGCAGUGUUCUUUGGUCUUCUGGUUGUAGUCAGUUUCACCCAUCAAAUACAAAAAUACCCGAGUGCAACACGUUUUUGUUCUUAUAAGCAGGUAAAUGCAGCGCGUAGUGCCUGAUUACCAGUGGAUGAGUGUUCCAUGAACCGUCUUGGCGAUGGGUUGUGCUCCCCGCUGCUGAGUAACACUAAUUGUAAAUGCUGACACUGUAAUACUUCCUGCAGACUGUGAUGCUACCCGUGAAAAACAAUUUCAGUCUGUAGUCUUUGGCCUAACUUUUUUUUCCAGUGUGGGAGAUAGAGAAGGUUGGCACAAACCAUCUUUAUGUGUGUCCCAGAGAAAAAUGUUUACACCUUUGUAAGUAUUCUAGAAAUCUAACACUUUUUAACUUCUGAGUUUCCACAGUAAGCUUGAAAUCUGUUGUCCUACUGCAAUAAGAACAGGCAUUUGGUUAUUAGAGUGCUGUCUGUGCUUCCAGAAGCUGGUUGUGAUGCUGCUCACUUACACCACAGGAGGGAGUUGAACAUCUUUCCAAUAUUUUCAGUUAUGGCAUUGUUUUAUCUUAGUGCAGUGCAUUUCAGUUUAUAAAUACGCUGAAUUUGACUGGUCUUAUGGAUUUCACUGCUAAUAGUUUGAUGUACAAAAUUAACACACAGUGGUAACUUACAGUAAAUGUUUACAUUUUAACUCUGAAUACCAAUUGUGGGUUUUAUCAAGCUAUUUAAAAGCAGAAAUAAAUGUCUUAAAAAAAAAAAAA